AUGGGGGGUCAUGAGUUGAUGGGGCCUGAGCGGGUUGAUGAAUUACUGGGUAUUCAGACGGUGAGCGAUGGGUUUGCCAUUGUGGAUCGUGCCUGUGAGGCCAUUGAUAGAACGGCUAGCGAUGCGUCGGCCACGGCCCAUCUGCUCGCGCGGGGCACGCAGGUGGUGGAGCACCUGACCCGUGUCCUGCGACCAACGGAUGAGCUAAGCGACCUGGAUGGCGUCGUCAUGCUUCUCAAUUACCUCUUUGCGGUGGGCACAGACGAGCAAAAGGCGCAAUUGGGCCGGCUGUUCGUGGACCACAUUGCAACGUACCUUCCCAUCCUGCAGCGGGCCGUGGAAGAGGAUGGAAUAGGUCCUGAGCUGGUCACCCUCUAUUCCAACGUCAUUGGCUUUCUCGGGCAUGACGCAUGCGAAGAUCAACUCAACGCUGACUUUGUCGCCGUCAUGCACCAGUACAUUGCUCGCUCCACCAUGGGCCGCAGCCCGGCUUACCUGGCCCUGGCCAAUCUGUACGGGCCCCAUGAGCAUGCCUCCACCGAUCUUUCCGGGGCUAUUGACGACGUGAUGAAGGUGCUGGACGCGGCCGUCAAGAAUGUCGAGUAUGGCGAGCGUGAGUGGAGCAUUGGGGCACCCCUCAAAGCCAUUGCGAACCUCAGUACCGCCGACACCAACAAGCCCUUGCUCUGGGGCAAUGCCAAUUGUAUGGAGAACAUUGCCCAGUGCCUGCGGCGCAGUGACAGCGAAUGGUUUGGCGGCGAGUCGGCCAAAUACCUUCGACUUGCUCGCAAUUCGGGCGUCGAGUGCCUGUAUAGCAUGGCUUUCAACUAUGACGUCGUCGGGCGCAUCCCUGAUGCUGUGGCCUUGAUUCAGCGCCAAGUCAACGAUCCUGCCAACGCCGUCGACCCAGAAACGCGCCACACUUUGGAGGGGGCCCUGUCUUACAUCCAGGCCAAGACUGCCAAAAGCAAGCUGACCGCCGCCGCCAUCCCCACGGAGCCUUCGCUUGCCACCACCGCCACCCCUCCAAACCAGCCAGCAACUUCCGAAGCGCCCACCCCGCUAGCUGCGCCUGCGCCGGCACCCACGCCUGCCCCCGGGGGGUGCGGCGGUCAUCCUCGUCGGCGCCUCGAGCAAGUAAAAGAGUCUGGAAACUGCCACGCCGAGGGCAACUACAUCUAUGAUGCCAAGAAAGAGUGUCUUUUCCUCAAGGUUCAACCUGGCUACCGACCUGAUGGCUGGUUGGCCAUGCUCAUGAGCGCCAAGCUGUACGUCGAGCCCAAGCCCGACUACGAGCAGGAUCAAUCCUGGCUUGCGAUGGUCGAGGAACAACUCAAGCUACUUGGAGUGUGGCACGCGAUUGGUGGCGCAAGCGACGGCACUGAACCUCCACCCCCGGCCCCGAGUGCCCCAGCUGCCCCGACCCUGGGCCCUGGCGUUGACGAAUUGCUGGCAGAAAUUCGCGCGCUGCGCGAGCAGGUCACACGCCUCGAGAGUCAACUCACCACCGUGCAAGGCCAAGUCGAAACGCUAGUCGAGCAAGCCGAAGACGCGAAUGACAAGCAACAGCCGGGCAAGAAAUCGCGCUUCUUUGGAGGCUCGAAAUGA